AUGUCGAGACCCUAUUCACACCGGCGACACUCGGCCACGGCUCACGAUGAAGACGAACAGCGUCUCAGUGCCUCCGGGCGCAAAUCCGUUUCGUUUGGCCUCGGUCACUCCAAAAUAAUCCAAUUCAACAUCGAGGACAUCAUCACCCGCAUUCUCAUUCGCCCUUCGCCAAAAUCCCGCAACUCGGAAGUCUCGGUGCCUCCACACGGUCGUGAAAGCUCUGGCAGCGGCUCCUCACCCCAACAUACCCCCGUCACGCCCACUGCCUCGACGACCACCGGCAGCACGGUUUCCACCACUGCCAACGCUCCCAGCAACGCUGUGGCCACCAAUUCCAUCUCCAAUCCCAUCAGCGUCAAUCCCAUCGCCAUCAAUUCCAUCGGAGGUGCAGCUGCCACCACCUCCAGUCCCGUCAGCAGCCCUGUUCCGAUGAUAUCUGUCCCUUCUCGGUCUGCCUCUUCCUCGCCCAGCCCUAUCAUGACCACGCGGGUUUCGGUCUGCCUCGCCUCCCCCGAAUACGAGGUCACCACCAUCAAGUCGCCGCUCGUUCCGAGUCGAUCGAAUUCGGGAGCCAACUUUCCGCCGGCGGCGGCCGCCCCCAAACUUAAUACCACGGCAGAAAGCCCAACUACCCCCGACGAUCUCGGCCUCUAUGUCCACUACAUGCUCGCCUUCCACAACUUGCCCGGCCCCCACUGCAAUCGCGGGUCCAAUUCCAGUACCCUGGCCGACUCUGACAACUUUGGGAUUGUCCUGGAUGAGGUCUACAUCACUUCGGCCAAUGUCAUCCACACGAGUGUGAGAAUCCCUCCGAUCUACAAGGACAAGGACUUUCAGGUGUCGUUUUCACUGAACCACUGGAGGUCGUCGGUCAAACUGCCGAUGAAGCACCUGGAGUCUAUUUGCGUACAAAACGCACCGUCGCUACAGCGCUCUCUCAGCUCCUCGUCCGAUGCCCUCGGGCCCGAGAGUCCCUCAUCGCCCUCCAUGACCCACCGCCUCGCCAAGGGCUCCAAGCCCAAGAUCGCCGAGACCGUCCACACCUGCUACUAUGACUUUGACUUUGCUCUCGAGUCGCCUCUGAUGCAGGCGGUCAUGGAAGUCGCCCAGGCCGUCGUCGAAAAGUUCCACGGAGUCGAAACAGCGCCCGCUCCUCCCGGAAAGGCCAGCGACCAAAAGAUCGCCGACGGGCCCUGCGGCAAGCCGGGCGAGUCCUCCGGUGUCUCGCCCGCUUCGGUCAACAUCCUGAGCGACGUUGCCGAGCUGUUUCGGCCAUCGGAUGGUUCCUACUACGCCUCACGGGCCUUGAGCAGCAGUGGUGGGUCGCUCGCCCACCAGUCCCACGCCUCCAGUGUCCCCGACAUGCAAAAGGUUGACAUCAAACCAGACACCAUCCUGGUCCUCUCGGCGAGAGAGCACAGCCCCACUACCUCCUUCUCGGGCCUGAGCAGCUCUUUGAGACCCAAAGAGACCGGCGACAGCAUGGGACUCCUCGACAUGAUCAAGAGCAAGUCGGACCGCUCGCUUUCGAACGGCGAUGGCAAGCUGGACCGCCUGGAUGUCCCCGAUCUGGGCUACUCGAUGUCGUCCGAGAGCCCCAGCACCAACCUCAUCUUCCAGCAAGAGGCCAAGCCCAUCCGCUUCACCACCGUCGCGCUGUUCAAGGCCGAGUCGGUCGGCGACAGCCUGCCGGUCAUCUCCACCAGCUGGAGCUUUGGCCUCACUGUAAACCUGAUCAGCGCCCCCUCCAACACCCCCAACAACACCCUGCUUGCCAUCUCCGAGCUGGCUGUCUCCUCGCCUGACAUCUCGUCGCUCUGGAUGGACUCGGUCCAGUCGCUUGCCGACUCGCUCAAGCCCUCGCCGCAGGUCAGCGACUUUGCCCCGUCCGCGACAGAGGCCCUCGAGUCGCCGAUCGUUGUUACUUCGGCCACCCCCAGCUCGUCCUCCAAGAGCUCGAUUUCGUCCCCCACAUCCGCCUCGCCGGCCACGGUGUCCUCGUCGUUGCACCACGGCAACUACACCUACGGCAAGGAGUCGGAUUUGGACUAUACCUCCUACGACAUCUAUGGGUCCAUGUCCAAGAAGAAGACGCCAAAAUACACGGCGGACGACUACUAUGAGGGCCACUCAUCCAACGAGGACUUCUCCUACUCGGACAUCGUGCGCUCGCCCGACAUGUCCUAUAGCACAAGGAAAAGGAACACCAAGCUCUCCAAGGCCUUUGACUACGACACCCGCUACGAGGCCAACCUCGAGGACAUUUCCUUCUCGGCCACAUCCACAUCCACCUCCACAGCCAUGCCAACGGCGGAGAUCACGACGUCGAUCCCGUCAACCCAGAGCCCUCUGCCCACCACUCGCUCGCGAGGAUACAAGUCCUACCGGACCCUCUGA